AUGGAGACCCCGAGGCUCUUCGCCCGGGAGUGGUGCGCCCGAAGGCUUCCUCGGGCGCAGACGGUUGUUUGGAAGGUGUGGCUUUGUGAGUUCUGGCUACUACUGCUGCGUUCCGGUUUGAACGCGCAUUUUUUGCCACACGAAGAGGACGUAACGUUUAUCAAUGAGUACGUGAACCUCCACAAUGAGCUCCGGGGCAACGUCAUCCCCCAAGGGGCUAACUUGCGCUUCAUGACUUGGGAUGUAGCUUUGUCACGGACUGCUAGAGCAUGGGGCAAAAAAUGUGUGUUUGAACGUAAUAUUCAUUUAGCAGAACGAAAAAUGGCCCAUCCUAGAUUUAAUGGUAUUGGUGAAAAUAUGUGGGUCGGCCCUGAAAAUGAAUUUACUGCAAGUAUUGCUAUCAGAAGUUGGUUCGCACAGAGGAAAAAGUACAAUUUUGAAAAGAACAGUUGCUCUGAUAACUGUUCUAAUUAUGUACAGCUUGUUUGGGACAAGUCUUACAAAGUUGGUUGUGCUGUUACUCCAUGUUCAAGAAUUGGACGUAUUAAACGUGCAGCACUUUUCAUAUGCAACUAUGCACCAGGAGGAGCUCUGUCAAGAAGUCCUUAUCAACGAGGAUUAAUGUGUUCUCGAUGUAGCAGCUAUGACAGAUGCACAGAUUUUCUAUGCAGUAAGUUAAAGAAAAUAACUGAAACAUGA